AUGUUCCUGCAAACAUCUAACGACAAUGGGUCCGAAAUGAUGGAAGAUCAUAUUUCAGGUUCAAAGGGAGCUAUUGAAAUCGAUUUGGAAAGAGGGUUGCAAGGCAUGGUAGACAAGCGAACAAUACGACAGAGUUACAGGGACUGGGAAUUCAAGAGGUCAGUAAGUGAACAAGGGAUUGCCGCCAGGUAUGGUGGGAAAUUGGGAGGGGAUUGGUGGCCUGUAGAGGUGGUGGAGGUAGACAUAAAAAGGCCGCAUUGGUUGACUCCGUUCAAUUUGCCGAUUAUUAUUAAAUGCGUUGUCGACAUAAUGCAUGAACUUUUCACUGACUGCCUGUGGAUGCACAACCUUGAGACAUUUUACAAUACGUCAUUAGACAAGCGUUUGGCCAUUAAUGUCUGA